AUGGCAAUUCGUAAUGGCAUCGCUAAAUUGGAACACAAGAAUAAAUAUAACAUUUUGGAGGAGAAGUUCAAUAAAUCUGCUUCCGCUACCUGUUCUCUAAGGAGUGAUGAUUUGAGUGAGAUGUCAACAAUUUGUAAUGCCAUUCGAAACAGUUUUACUAAUAUGGUCCAAAGUUUAAACGAAUUUCAAAAAUUAAUCAAUACAUUGGGCAAUAAACUACUUGAAAUAAAUGGAAUUGCAGUGCAACAGGAGAAGGAUUACUAUGAAUAUUAUUCUUACAAGUUAAACAAUAUUAUUCACGAAUUGUAUAGGCCUUUAAUUGCAUUUACGAAGGCCACAGACCAAAAACAAAAAAUGGUAUGGUUCGAUUACCAUAGAAGAAACUAA